CACUUAAAUCUUUUAUCUUAAGAAUGGCUGCUUUGGCGAUAACGGGAUUGACGUAUUCCCGCUAGCUCCUCAACUCACUUUCCCAAAGAAAGCGCUGUUUGUAAGGGGGACUCUGAUCUCUACAGCCGGUUUCCACUGCGCGUAAUCACAGCUCCAGGACCAGCGGUACAGUCGGUGCGCUCUGGCAGAAAGCAUCCAGCCUCUUCAUCUCUCGGUUCUAACAGCAAUCGCGAGCGCAGAGAAGAGGAAAACGCGGGAAAUACUCUUCAUCUGCAAGUUUUCGUGUGUGUGCCGCACUGGAGGGGAGGAAGAGAUGGCAGCCCUGGUGAAAGCAGCCCUGGCUCUCCUGAUUUUCACCGUGACAACUAUCCUGUGUGCGGAGGUAGAGGAACGGUUGGUGAAUCACCUGUUGUCACCAGAGCGCUACAACAAACUCAUCAGGCCAGCUAUCAACACCAGCCAGCAGGUCACCAUUUACAUCCAGGUGUCUCUAGCCCAGCUGAUCAAUGUGAAUGAGAGAGAGCAGAUCAUGACCACCAACUGUUGGCUCACCCAGGGUUGGAAUGACUACAGAUUAAUGUGGGAUCCUGAAGAGUACGAGGGAAUCAAGAAAAUCCGACUCCCGUCACAACACAUCUGGUUGCCUGACAUUGUCCUUUACAACAAUGCCGAUGGGACAUAUGAAGUCUCCUUCUACUCCAACGCUGUGGUCUCCAAUAAUGGUGAAGUGGCCUGGCUCCCACCAGCGAUCUACAAGUCGGCCUGUAAAAUCGAAGUCCGUGAUUUUCCCUUUGACCAGCAGAACUGCACUCUCAAGUUUCGAUCUUGGACCUAUGACCACACGGAGAUCGAUCUCAUCCUCCUCAGUGAUUACGCCUCACGCGAUGACUUCAAGCCUAGUGGCGAGUGGGAUAUUGUUUCACUGCCUGGACGCAAGAAUGAAGACCCUAACGAUAUCAGAUACCUGGAUAUUACUUAUGAUUUUAUUAUCAAGAGAAAACCUCUCUUCUACACCAUCAACCUGAUCAUUCCCUGCAUCCUGAUCACGUCGCUGGCUAUUCUUGUCUUCUACCUCCCAUCAGACUGUGGUGAGAAGAUGACUCUUUGUAUCUCAGUCCUCCUGGCCCUUACUGUGUUUUUACUCCUUAUCUCAAAGAUUGUGCCACCUACGUCUCUAGCAGUGCCUCUGAUUGGGAAGUACCUAAUGUUUACAAUGGUGCUGGUCACCUUCUCUAUUGUCACCAGCGUUUGCGUGCUCAACGUGCACCAUCGGUCACCCAGUACGCACACCAUGCCUCCUUGGGUCAAGCGUGUCUUUCUGUACCGGCUCCCCUCUUUCCUCUUCAUGCGGAGACCAGGAAGUUCCAACAUCCGUGAACGGUUCCGGAAAAAACACCAGAAGCAGAAGUACUCUGACCAGAAGCAGUGUGGACCAGAAGUUGGAGGUGGAAGCUCUGUGGGAAUGGCUGAUUCCUCCUCAUCCUUCUUUGUCAAUGAGGAGUCGGCCAAGCGCUAUGGCUGGAGGGUCAGUGACUGCUCAGAGAACACAGAGUUCAGGAAGAGGAUGACGCUCAAGAGCAACAUUGACGUGGAGGAUGCAGUGGAUGGAGUACGUUAUAUUGCGGAGAAGAUGAAGAGUGAGGAUGAUGAUGAAGGGAUCAUUGAAGACUGGAAAUACGUGGCGAUGGUGAUCGACCGUCUUUUCCUGUGGAUCUUUGUGUUUGUGUGUGUAGUUGGGACGAUGGGGCUCUUCAUGCAACCUCUUUUUCAGAGUUAUAACACCCCCAUUGUUGAGGACAUGGAUCAUAAAUCUGAAACUUGA